AUGUCACAUGCUGCUGUCUUGCAAUUUAAGGAAUUUACGGGUAUGUUUCCAGAAAUCUACUAUAGUAAAAUUAUAUACAUUGCUUACGGUUUGUGAGCUUUUGAUUUUUUUAACAUUUUAAAUUUCAGGGGUCUCGGAUGACACCAUUGCUGAUCAGAUGCUGGGUUGUUGUGACGGAGAUGUGGGGAGAGCUGUGGAAUUGUAUUUUGCUCGACAACAAGUGGUAGAAAGUGUCCGGAAUGGUCAACAAGAUGAUGAUGUACAGGUUAUCGAACGCGAAGAACACAUGGAAGAAGCCGUGCCAGUCUCGUCUAACGCUGUCGAAGUCGCGGACGACGAUGGAGUUAGGGCGCCUAUGAGGCCAGUUAGUGGAAGGUUGGUACAAGGGUCAUUUGAUGAACAAUACGGAAGUCGGAGAAGGAGGGCAGCUCAUCCAAUCUUCGAGCAGGAUCACGAUGAAGCCGGUAAGAUUUUAAGGAGAGUCAUUAGCACGUAAUUUUGUUAUUUUUAGUAUUUUAAUGAAAAAGUUUUAAUGGAAUGAAAAAGUAAGGAGUUCGUCUUCUUCUUAUAGUAAAACAAAAACUUUUGUUUGAAUUAAUUUUAAACGAACAUUUACAUAAAUAGACAGACGUGUUAACAAGUGAAAUUUGCAGGCUCAUCCGGAAUGUACCGUUACAAUGGUGAGAGUAAUGAAAACGAGCCGGCUCGCAAGAAACGUCGAGAUCUCAAAGACUUGUUCAGACCUCCAGUCGAGUUGAUAGCCAGGUUCAACUGGGACAGUUUGCUUCAAGUAGGGCAACAGAAGUCGAGAUGGAUAUUGGUCAACCUUCAAGAGCCUACGGAGUUUGCUUCUCAGGUGCUGAAUAGAGAUGUGUGGUCGAACUCCACGGUGAAAGAACUGAUUAAAGUCAACUUUUUGUUCUGGCAAAUGUACUGUGACAGUUCGGAAGGUCGGAGGAUUGCCACUUACUACAAUAUUACACAGUUUCCCGCUGUUUUCGUGGUUGAUCCUAGGAUUGGAGAGAUGGUUCAGUCCAUAUCCGCGACAGAUCCAGAUGCCAUGAUUCAUAUAUGUAAGUGUUGUAAUACAAGGUUAAUAUAGUUAUUUAGUGUCUGACUUUACCGAGAAAUACCCAACUUUCAAAGCACGCGACUUGGCGAUUAAACGUGAUAUGGCUCAAAACAAAACCGACUUCAUCGACCCCAAGCUAAGGACACCUCAAGCAAUGAAGAACGGACAAUCGGCUUCCACUUCUGCUGAGCCUUCGGUACGUGGUUUAACUUGAUUUUUUUUUAAAUUUAGAAUUUUUUUAAAACUGGUAUGGACCGUGUUAACUUGGAUAUGACUUUUUGAUGUUUCAGACUUCAAAACGACAAAGUUCAAGUGACAUAGCCAAUGCUCAAGCAAAGCGAAUGAAGAAGGUCGUUGUGAUUGACAGUAGUGAAGAAUGUAAGUUCGUAUUUACUUUGUUUGAACCUUUUUUGUCACGUAUUGCUUAUAAAUUUUAAAAAAAUACUUUACUAAGUUCGCGUGUGUUAACCAGCUAUUUUCAGCCGACGAUGAAGUGAAACCGCUCACACCACCAUCUUCUGACUCCUCGACUUGUGCAAUCUCUUUCCAACCAUGGCAAUCGUACGUUAGAGAAGAUUCUGAAGGCUCGGUCGAUGUUAUCCUCCGAAUGCCUGACAGUAGUCGCGAGCCUUUAAAGUUGACAUUGAAAACCCCAUUAGAGGCCCUAUUUGCUUUCAUAUCAGAGAAAGAUCUGGAUGUAACACAGCACGGUCUUAUUCUAACGUUUCCCCGCAGGGUAUUCAAGGUUGAGAACGCAAAAGAGACCCUGGGUCAGUUGGGUUUCCAACGCCAAGAACUUAUUCAUGUGGAAAGACUGUGA